UUGAUAUGAUUGAAUUGAGAUGAAUGUUUUGACGAAAGUAAACUAUACAUGCAGAGUGAGUUCCGUGUUAAAUAAAGAUGUGAAGCAGUAUGGAAAGCAAUACAUGUUUGAUACGAACGAUGAUUCCGCUUGGAGCUCAGCUGAGGGAACCCCUCAAUGGAUAAUAUUGACGCUGGAUGAGCCACGCACUGUCAGUGGAGUGAGCUUGCAAUUUCAGGGUGGAUUUGCUGGUAAGCAGUUUACGGCUUUGGUGUAUUCGUGUGAAGGAGAUCCCACUUACCAAGAGACAUUUUAUCCCGAAGACAUCAACUCUUCUCAGCGUUUUUACUUUAAGGAUGUAUCUCUUACAAAAAGUUGUUCGAAGAUAAAGUUUGUAUUUGAGUCUAGUUCAGAUCUGUUUGGCAGAAUCAUUGUUUAUAAUCUUCAAAUACUAAGCUAAAUAUUUUAAUAAAUUACAACUGUAGAAAUUAU